UUGUGUUUUGCAGGCAUCCCUCCGGACCAUCAGUGGCUCAUCUUCGCCGGGGAGCAGCUGGAGGACGAGCGCACACUCGCCGACUACGGCGUCCGGAAGGAGUCGACGCUGCACCUGGUGCUCCGCCUCAACGGCAGCGGCAAGGGCGGCAGCUACCCUAGGAACGUCGAGCCCAACCUCCUCCAGCUCGCGCUCAAACACCGCCAGCGCAAGAUGAUCUGCCGCGAGUGCUACGCCCGCAAUCCCAUCAGGGCCUACAACUGCCGCAAGAAGAAGUGCGGCCACUGCAACGAGCUGAGGUUAAAGAAGAAGCUGGCUUACAAGGACUAAAAAGGAAUGGAACAACAUCAGAAAGCGAUCAAUCCAUGGGCCGUUCAUCAGUUGAAUCCUAGUGUCUUACUACUAGUGUUAGCGUACUGUCUGAAUAGAAGUUUAACCUAGUCUAAGUUUCAUGCUGGAGUACUUAUCUGAGCAGAGGCAUGUAGCCUAAGAAACAGCUAGUUUAAGAUCCCUGUCGACCUUCGUUGUUAAUUUUCAAUGCAAAUAAACAUACUACGUAUCUUAAUCUAGCGAUCGAUUCUGAUCCUUUGUAUCUGCUUUGUAUGCCUUUUCUUCUCAUGCCUGAAUUUGUCAGUGUCACCUAGAGAUA